AUGGAGGAUGAAGCUGCAACUGAUCCUGCAAGCACGAUGACUACAUUCUGGGAACUCAAUGCUGCUGGCGGCUGGGCUAUUGAGUUCCCGUGCCCAAUGUCUAGCACUCAUCACAAUUCACUUACUGUCGCGCUGACGGCCUCUGACCGCCCCGUACUGCGCGGUCGCGCCCCUGUCCUUGGCUACCUCUGCUGCUGUGCCAGCGUGUGUGUCCUUUGGCGUGCACUGGGCGGCGCGAAUCCCCCUGCCACCUUGUCAGUCACAUUGCUGGUGUCUUCCCUCCGUCCUCGCCCUCUCCUCGCCCUCCUUACCCACACCCACACUGACGACGCUGUGUCUUCCUCCGUUGCCAGCGCCCUCCACGUCCUACUAAAACCCCCUCACCCUCCUUCCCCCCUCCUCACCGUCUUCCUUUCUCAUCAUCAUCAUUGUUCCUCAUUCACUCACACCACCUUUCCUCUUCCUCUCUCUCUUCUAGUCCGAGGUCCCAAGCCUGCAUUCUCCUCUGGCUACGGUCUCCGACUCGAACGUGAACAUCAGGUUCACAGAGCAGAGCCUCUUCCCCCUCUCGAUCAGCGCGUCGGUCCUCAAGGCUCGCGUCACCGCAUCUAUCCCGCUCCUGCAGAGACAGCUGCUCCUCUCAACCUCAACGAAGGCUGGCCUGAGCCUGACCCCGAUUCCAAGCCCGUUCAACCCUCUCUGAUCGAUCAACCCGACAUGCCUGUCACCGACGACGGCGGCUGGGGUGCGCCCCCUCCUAUGGCGAGCGCGCCUCCUCCUUCCUUCUCCCAGGCUCCUGCUCCCCAGCAGCAGCAGUCACAGGGCGGUUGGGGCCAGGCGCCUCCUGCCCAGUCUCAAUACUCGGCGCCCCCCUCGAAUCAGUACAACCAGGCGCCUCCUUCCAAUCAGUACAGCCAGGCUCCCCCUUCGAACCAGUAUAACCAGCCUCCUCCUCAGCAGCAGCAGCAGUGGGGUGCCCCGCCUGCCCAGCAGCAGCAGUUCAAUCAGGCUCCGCCCCCUUCGAACAACCAGCAAUGGGGUGCUCCUCCUCCGGCCGCUCCGGUUGCUCAGUCGCCUCAGCUUCAGCAGCAGCAGCAGCAGCAGCCUCAGCGUGACGCCCCUCCCCACAUGCCCUCCGGUGGUGGUGGUUGGGGUGCUCCUGCUCAGCAGGCUCCUCCUGCUCAGUCCGGGGGCGGCGGUUGGGACGCUGCUCCUGCUCAGUCUGGCGGCGGCAACGCGGCUCCCGCUACAACUUCAACUUCAACUCCUCACAAGGGCGCCUACGCUGGCUGGUCUGAAGUUCAGUACGACAACCCCAACAUUGUCGAGGAGAACAACAAGAAGCUCGAGGAGAUCUACGCCUCGGUCGCGCGCUCCGACACCUUUGGCGACCGCUUCGGCGACCGCAGGGGUGGUCCCGGCGGCGGUGGUGCCUUCGGUGACCGCCAGCAGGACUCUGGCUGGGGUAACCGCGGCGGCGACGGUGGUGGCUUCGGCAGCGGUCCCGGCCACCAGUCUCGCGACUGCCCCAACAAGCCUGGCGGCGGUCGAGGGCCACAUCUCGCGCGAGUGUCCCGACAAGCAGGGCGGCCGGCGGUCGCGGCUGCUUCUCCUGCGGCGAAGAGGGCCACCAGUCUCGCGACUGCCCCAACAAGCCUGGCGGCGGUCGUGGUUGCUUCACCUGUGGCCAGGAAGGACACCAGUCCCGCGACUGCCCCGACAAGCAGGGCGGCUACGGCGGCCGGUGGCGGCGGCGGUGGCAACUGCUACAACUGCGGCGAGCCCGGCCACCUGUCUCGCGACUGCGAGAAUCCCAGGAAGGAAGGCAUCGACCGCCCCUUCGGCGGCACUUGCUACGAGUGCGGCGAGCAGGGCCAUCAGUCCCGCUCCUGCCCCAAGAAGACUGGCGGCGACGGCUUCGGAGGUGGUGGUGGAGGCGGCGGCAGCUGGGGCAACUCCGGCGGCGGCGGUGGUUCCGGCUGGGGCAACUCUGGCGGCGGCGGCGGUGGUUCUGGCUGGGGCAACAACUCGGGCGGCAACUCCGGCGGCGGUGGUGACGGUUGGAGCAACUCCAACUCCGGCGGCAACUCUGGCGGCGGCGGCGGUUGGGGCUCUGCUCCCGCUGCUUCCAACUCCGGCGGCGGUGGUGGCUGGGGCGGUGCUCCCUCUGGUGCUCCCCCUGCUGGACCCUCUGGCGGCGCCGGUCCCCGCGUCAACCCCGACCGCCUCAAGAUGAUCGAGCGCGAGUCCGGCUCGGCGGCUGCCCACUCUGGCGGCUUCCAGUCCGGCUCGGGCUGGAACAACCCUCCCGCCCCCGCGCCCCCCGCCCACGACGCCACCAUGUCUGGUGGUUGGUAG